CCUCCCUCUCCAGCAGCGCUGGGGUUUCAGUCAGGGGGGACACUGCUAGGUGGACUGUCCAAGCUCUCCAUCUAGUCUGGGAAAAAGGGAUUUCUGCGUCUUCCUGGGUGCGUGGGAAGACCAUGGCUCGCUCCAGGAUCUGCCGGGAGACCUUGCUGGUUCUGUUAGUGCAGAUCGUACUGAUUUGCUCAGCUCAGAGGGGCCCGGUCGGCCCCAGAGGCCCCCCAGGACCCCCUGGCACAUCUGGCGUGCCCGGAGUGGAUGGAAUCGAUGGUGACAGAGGACAAGAUUCAACAAUUGGUGGGAAACCAGGUUUUGGUGGCAGCGAUGGCAGAGAUGGGGUUCCUGGAGCGCCGGGGCUUCCAGGGGCAGAUGGACUCGUGGGACCUUCCGGGGAUCCAGGUCCAGUUGGUCUGAAAGGAUCAAAAGGGGAUCCUGGUGCUCGGGGGCCUACUGGAGAGCCUGGCGUUGGACCUGACGGGCUCGACGGUAUUCCUGGUACCGAUGGGCUGCCAGGAGAACUGGGAAAGGCUGGAGCUCCUGGAGUGAGAGGCCGGAGGGGUCAAGUGGGUCUUCCCGGCGUCGCUGGUCCUCGGGGACCCCCGGCUGUGUAUCAGGGGGAGGAGCUGUGUCCCAACGCCUGCUCCCUGGGCCUGAAUGGACAUGCUGGACUCCCUGGCAUGAAAGGCCACAAAGGGGGUAAGGGUGAAUCCGGUGAGCCUGGACGGCAGGGACACAAGGGAGAGGAGGGUGAACAAGGACCACCUGGUGACGUCGGGGCUCAAGGACUACCAGGCCCAGGUGGAACGAGAGGCCUCCCAGGAAUAAUGGGCAUCAAAGGUGACAGGGGACUUCGGGGGAAGUCUGGUGAUCUGGGCCCUCGGGGAGUCCAGGGAGGACCAGGGGAUCCAGGUCGGAGAGGUGUCAUAGGUGAGCUCGGGCCCACGGGACUGCAGGGGGAGCGAGGACCGCUGGGGAUCCGAGGAGUGCCAGGACCUAAAGGAGAGCCUGGCCUUCCUGGUCCGGAUGCUCGUGAGGGAAUCCCCGGGCUGCCUGGCUCCAAGGGUCUUCCUGGGAAGAGCGGGGCUCCGGGAGACGGCGGGCCUCAGGGACUUCCUGGUUUGCCAGGUGCAUAUGGCCAAAAAGGACGCAGUGGUGUGAAGGGCAACAGUGGGGAUCCAGGAGUUGUAGGACUGCUGGGGUCUUCAGGGAAACAAGGAGAGCGUGGUGAGCAGGGAGUGAUCGGACCUCUCGGAUCCAGAGGUGGACCUGGGGAACGAGGAGAGAGGGGACCGGAUGGGCCUGCAGGAUCAUCGGGGGCCAGGGGAGGUAAAGGGGAUCCAGGACUUCCGGGACUCCCUGGUCCUGCUGGUUAUCGGGGCGAGAAGGGCCACAGGGGUCCAGUUGGUCUGGAUGGUCCAAAGGGAGUUCAGGGAGAUGCAGGAGCUGAAGGAACGCCAGGAGAGGCCGGAGAGUUGGGAGACCAAGGAGAACCAGGGGAGAAAGGAUCGACGGGCCGGCCGGGAGAGACGGGAAACAAAGGGCCGGAGGGCGGCCGAGGCCUGCCGGGCAAAGAGGGCAAGGCGGGCCAGGCGGGGCCCCGGGGCAUGCAGGGCAACAUGGGGUUGCCGGGGGUGAUCGGCGCGCAGGGACCCGCGGGUAAAUCCCCGACAGAUACUCACAUCAAACAAGUCUGCAUGAGAGUAAUGCAAGAGCAGCUGGCUCAGCUAGCAGCCAGCCUGAGCCGGCCUGACUCCGGCAUCAGCGGGCUCCCCGGGCCCCCCGGCCCACCCGGACCUCCGGGGGCCACUGGAGAGAACGGUUUCCCCGGACAUGGUGGAUCCAGAGGCCUGCCGGGUCUGAAGGGCCCGCCCGGGUCCAUGGGGCGGAAAGGGCUCAAAGGUGACUUGGGCGACAGAGGGGAGAGAGGACACACUCUGAGAGGACCCAAGGGAGAACCGGGGGUCCCGGGCAUGCCAGGUGACCCCGGCCGGGCGGCCUACGGCAGCGAGGGCCGUGAUGGGGAGAGGGGCCCCCGCGGGGCCCCCGGGACCAACGGCGUGCCCGGCCCCCCGGGGCCCCCCGGCCUCAACAGCUACUGCGAGCCGUCACAGUGCGUCCUGCCCGCCGUGGCGUCCCCCAUCUCUGCCAAGGACUCCGGCAUGAAGGGCCCCAACGACAUGUGAGCCGGGGCCGGGGCCAGGGCAGGGCCGGGGCCGGAGCAGAGCUGAGAGACUGGAGCAGAAACCACCGCUCCUGGGGAGAUUGCUCCAUUUGGGUUUUUAUCACUUGGUUUGUAUGAUUUCUCUUUUAAGCCAUCUUUGUGGUUGUAAACUGACAUCAAUGUGGACACCCAACAACACCCAUCGACUUUUAAAACUCCUUUGCAUAAAAUGCUUCCUUACCUCAGUUUUGCCAUCUUUGUACUGUAAAAUUAAAGGACUAAAUUGUAUUUGAGAAAAGUGAAGCACCUACUGUAAAUGUACAAAGCUACCCGCUCCAUUUCCUUCCAAAGAACCAGACAAGACUUUCUGUUUUCCUGUACGUUUAUGUAAAUGUGUCAAUAUGCAAAUUACAUUCUUGGAUAUCA